UAUAUAUAAGAAGCCAUCCUUAGGGGGAUGCUGUUUAUUGCACUCUGUGCUCCGGGAUAGUUGUUCCGUCCUGUGUUGUUACGGUCUCAUAGUUCCGACUUCGAAGGGAGCAUCAUGAAGGUUUUUUCGAGAGUCGUCCGAAUCCUCGCGGCUUUGCUUCUUGUAAUUGCAAUCGUCCGUGGUGCGCCGGCGCCUCAACCGAGCCCUGUAGCAAACCCGCAAUUAUUUUGGCCGUUCAGUCUGUACCAGCCGUUUUAUUCGCCAGUAGUGGCACCAAGAUCACUUGUUAGUUGGCCGAUUCAACCCGUUACACUGGUUGCCAACCCAGACCCCAGAAUCAUCCCCCAGUCCAUCGAUCACUCAGACGAAAAGUCAUCGCAUGGUAGAAUAAAGAGAGACCUAGAAUCCGAUGGGGCGACCACUCCUGGAGUUGAAGGAGCAGAGCCCAAAAGCAUCCAGAAACGACAAGCAGCCUACUACCCAAUGACCUGGCCAAUGCCCAUUAUUCCGUCGUGGGGCCCCAGCUACUCGUGGGCCACUCAGUCCUUCGCCACGCCCGGUGGAUCAUCCUCGUGGACUCUUGUGACAGUCUAGGAGAUAAAACCUACAAGAACAAAUCCAAAACCGAAAA